UAUUGGAUAAUUUAUUAUUUAAUUCUUUUUUAUUAUGUUCUAAUAUGCUUAUCUACCACUGCAUUCCAUAACGUAAAAUAAAUUAUGAAUAAUAUGCUCAAUAUAUUUAUUUUAUAUUCAGUGUGUAACAGAAUAUGUGCUUUUUCAGAAUUGAGACAUUCAUAAAAUAUUAAAUUUUAUGUUCAUAUAUAUUCAAAUGAAUAUUUAACUCUCUCCCUCUCUCUCUCUUUCUCUCCCUACCCUACCUACCUACCUACUCCUCGUAUUUGGAUAUAUGUGCCAGAUAUGUGCUAAAAAAUAAUAUAAUGUGUGUGUCCUUUAAAGUGGUUAUUACGAGAGAGAGCAAAAAUAUAAAUGAAUGAACGAGAGAAAGCAGCAAUAGCUUUAAAAAGGUUCAACAAAACGGAAAUAAUUAUCCUUGUGCAAUAAUUUCAUUUGUGAUUAUUUUCCUGUUUCCAAACGACUUUUAAAAGUGUUAUUAAGCUUUUAUAAAUUUUAAAAUGGCAAGACUAUAGACACAAGAACCAACUCAAGCCAUGAUUGGAAUACUAAUUUAAUCAACGAAUGGAAUAAGGAAUUAAUCAAGCAUCAAUUGUUGAAAGUUUAACUUUUUUUUGUUUAAAAAAUAAAAGGAAAGAAAAAAAAAGCAUCAAAUAAUAAUCAAUGAGCGAGGCUAUAGCUUCGAAUAAAUCGAACAAAGUUUAACAAACUGUGAGAGAACUUUAAAUUAAUUUUUAAAUAAUUAAUUAAUUAAUCACAUAAAAUGAGAUAUUUUGUCGGUGACACCAGAAUAAUUAAUGAGCGCUUAGCAGCUUUUUUUACAUUACAAAUUACAUGGCUUCUUGUCGGCUUUACAAAUGGUUACACCGAACAUGAUCGUGGUCCCUCAUUUGUUAUGGAACCCCCAUCAAAAUUAGAAUUUUCAAAUUCAUCGGGUGGCUUCCUUGACUGCUCUGCGUCGGGAAAUCCUCAACCUACCAUUGAUUGGUUAUCUAUUGAUGGAACAUCGAUUGGUGAUGUCGGAGGCAUCAGGAAAAUAUUACGAAACGGAACUCUUGUACUUCAGCAAUUUCCUGCUGCUGCAUACCGUCAAGAUAUUCAUAAUACAGUUUAUAGAUGUGUAGCAUCAAAUCGCGUGGGAAGAAUAAUUUCAAGAGAUGUUCAAAUUAGAGCUGUUGUUGCUCAAUCAUAUAAAGUAGAGGUUGAGACUUUGGCAGCUCCAAGAGGAUGUACCGCAAUUUUACGUUGCGUCAUUCCAACCUUCGUCAAAGAAUAUGUGAGAGUUGUAUCAUGGGUACAAGAACCUGCAUUUUUCAUCUAUCCUUCGUUGCAAGGAGAUGGAAAAUAUCAUUUGCUACCUAAUGGCGACUUACUAAUUCACAAUUUAGAGCAUAAUGAUAGAUUUGCAUCUUAUCGAUGUCGGACAAUGCAUAAAUUAACACGCCUAGUUGUCAUUAGCAAUCCAUCAAAAAUCAGUAUAAAUGAUCAUAGAGGCAUUGUGUCACCAAGCAUUGUUGAAUAUACGUCUUCUGUGACUGUGUCACAAGACGAGGGUGCUGUUUUAAUGUGUGUUGCGCAAGGAUGUCCUUCAGUUGAGUAUCGAUGGUAUUCAAAUAUUGGAGCAGAACCUUUGCCAUUGUUGCCAGGUCCUCGAGUUCGAUUAAUGGGUCCUAUUCUUGCCAUUGAGGCCGUAACAACAGAAGAUGCCGGAACUUAUAAAUGUAUCGCAUCUAAUACGGGAGGCGAAGCAAGCACAGAAUUAAAACUUGUCGUGACAACAUCAAUUCAAGUUGAAGUGUCUCCAAAUGUUAUUAGCGUUAAUAUGGGGCAACCGAAUGAAUUUACAUGCCUAGUAACAUCUAAUGGAAUUCCUAUACAAACACAACAAAUUUCAUGGUUUAAGGAUGGAAGACAGCUAACGACUAUAGGACGAAAUGAAAAUAUUUUACGAAUCUCGGCUGUCGGACGAGAAGAUAAAGGAAUGUAUCAGUGUAUUGUGCGAAGGAAAGAAGGCGAUACAUUUCAAGCUUCUGCGGAACUUUUAUUAGGAGAUGCACCGCCUGUCUUACUUUAUAGUUUUAUUGAGCAAACAUUACAACCCGGACCUGCCGUUUCAUUAAAAUGUUCUGCAACUGGAAAUCCAACUCCCGAGGUAUCAUGGAAACUUGAUGGUUUUCCACUUCCCUCAAACGGCAGGUUCCUGAUUGGGCAAUAUGUUACUGCACAUGGAGACGUCAUAUCACAUGUUAACAUAACUCAUGUGAUGAUUGAAGAUGGCGGUGAAUAUGCAUGUAUUAUUGAAAACCGAGCAGGAAAACUGGUCCAUUCAGCAAGACUCAAUGUUUAUGGUCUACCUUAUAUACGGCUGAUUCCAAAAGUGAUAAUAUCAGAGGGAAAACAACUUACAAUCAAAUGUCCAGUUGCAGGCUAUCCGAUUGAGGAAAUUCAUUGGGAGAAGAGUGGACGAGAAUUGCCUGAGGACAUUCGACAAAAAGUUGAUGGCGAUGGAACUUUGUCAAUCUAUCCGGUACAGAAGACUGAAGACUCGGGUGUUUAUACAUGUUGGGCUAAAAAUAAGCAAGGAUUAAGUGCCAGACGAAGCGGGGAAGUCAAAGUAAUUGUUCCGCCCGUCAUUGAGCCAUUUUCCUUUCAAACUGACUUGGCUGAAAAUAUGCGAACGCGUACGGUUUGUGGAGUCUCACAAGGCGACUUGCCUCUUCGUUUGACUUGGUUAAAAGAUAAUGAAAACUUAUUGCCAUCAUUAGGAGUUAAUAUUUCAUAUCUUGACCAAUAUACUUCAAUUCUUAGUAUUACUUCCCUUUUGCAAAUGCAUAGUGGAAAUUACACUUGUGUGGCAAGUAAUCAAGCCGACGAAGUUAAAUUUACUGCCACAUUGCUGGUCAAAGUUCCUCCAAAAUGGAAAUUAGAGCCAAUAGAUACGAGUGUUGAGCGUAAUAAACACGUUUUACUUCACUGUCAAGCUGAUGGAGUGCCAACACCAACUGUCAUUUGGAAGAAGGCAUUAGGUUCCAAAUCAAGUGAAUAUGAGGAAAUGCAAGAAAAGCUUUACACAAAAAUUUUCCCAAACGGUACAUUAUUAUUACAAAACGUUAAGGAAGAUCGAGAGGGAUUUUACAUGUGUCAAGCAAAUAAUGGUAUUGGAAAUGGAUUGGGAAAAGUAAUUCAAUUGAAAGUUAAUUCGCCUCCUUAUUUUGUGGCUCCGUCGAAAAUUGUAAAUGUGAAGAAAGGCGAUACAGCUAUAUUACAUUGUGAAGUUAAUGGCGAUAAGCCAAUCAACGUCAUUUGGUUGUUACGUGGAAAGUAUGAAUUGAAUCCUUCCUCAAACUAUCGUGUAUCAAUUAAGCAAGACACAACGCCAGAAGGAAUUCUAGCUGAAAUACAGAUCAUGAAUGUUGAAAGUUCUGACAAUGGACAAUACUUCUGUCAGGCGAGUAAUUUGUAUGGACGUGAUCAACAAUUGGUUCAAUUACUUGUUCAAGAGCCUCCUCAAUCACCAUCAUCGUUAGAAACAACAAUAGUGUCAAGUAGAUCCGUCAAUUUGAGAUGGCACCCGAGAGAUAUUGAUGCAACAGAAAUUACAAAGUAUAUUGUAGAAUAUUGCUGUGAGAAUGACCAGCAAUGGAAGUACAUUGACAUUUCAGACCCUCCACAAUAUAAUGCUUUAAUUGAAAAUUUAAAACCGGCUACUAAAUAUAUUUUUCGAGUUAUUGCCGAAGGACCAACAGGAAGAAGUGCACCUAGUCAGGAAUUAACAGUGAAAACUGAGCCACAACGACCUAAUGCACCGCCAAUUAAUCUAUCAGCACGUCCAGUAUCAUCGACUGAAAUUUUAGUAACUUGGUCACCUCCACUUUAUGAAUUCCGUAAUGGAGAAAUUCAAGGCUUUAAUAUUGGAUAUAAGAUUUCAUCACUUCAAUCUGUAAGCUACAAUUUCACAUCAAUUUCAGGCGAUGGAGAAGAUGGAACUGGAGAAAUUAUUCUAUCAAAUCUUAUGAAAUAUACAAGAUAUUCAAUAGUGGCACAGGCUUUUAAUCAGAUUGGUGUUGGACCUUUAUCGGAACCUGUGUCUACUCAAACAAUGGAAGAUGUGCCAAGUUCUUCGCCUGAAGACAUAAGAUGCGCUCCACUCACUUCAACUUCGUUGCAAGUAUCAUGGCAGCCUCCACAUGAAAACUAUCAAAACGGUCUACUACAAGGCUAUAAAAUUAAUUUUGAGCCUAUUGUUGACUAUACAGUGUUAGAUAAUGAAGAACCUGACGUGAAGAAGACAACAGCAUUAACAACAGUUUUGACAUCGUUGAGAAAAUUUACAAAUUACAGCAUUCAAAUUUUGUCAUACACAAGGAUGGGAGAUGGUGUUUUAUCGGCUCCAAAAUUUUGUCACACAGAAGAAGAUGUCCCAGAAGCACCGAACGACAUCAAAGUAGUUGUAAGCUCAUCAACUUCCCUCUAUGUCUCAUGGCUCACUCCGCAAUUUACUAACGGUGUUGUAAUAAAGUACAAUCUUUAUACACGUCAAGUAAAUGGAAGAGAAGAACUAAAUAAUGAUAAGAAGAGCAUUGGAUCGCAACAAACUUUCUAUGAAGCAAUGAAUUUGAUGCCACAUGUUGAGUAUCAGUUUUGGGUUAGUGCAUCAACACGAGUUGGUGAAGGAAAAAGUUCGAAAGUUGUUUCUCUUUCGACAUCCAAUCGUGUACCUGCUAAAAUAAUAUCUUUUGGUAUAUCCAUUAUAAAACCUUGGAAGAGUACUGUGCAAUUUGCUUGCAUGGCUACGGGUCAACCACGACGAGAAUGGUUUAAAAAUGAUAUUUCAAUGAACUCAUUUUUCAAUGGACAGGUCCUUGAGAAUGGAGAGUUGUCACUUUACAACAUACAGUCGUCUGAUUCCGGCAACUAUACAUGUCAAGUUGACAAUGGAAUUGGUGUUGAUAAAAUUGUUUAUAAUUUAAUUGUUCAAUUGCCACCAUCUCAACCAAUGCUGUAUGUGACAAGUGCAACCUCUACAUCAAUUCUUAUGCAUUGGAAAAAUUCUGGAAAUGGAAAUGCAAAAAUUACAUCCUACACUUUGCAUUACAAACGAUUUAAUGGAAAUGUGGAAGAAAUUAAUUUAUCCAAGCAUGCAACCUCGUUUGAAUUGAAGAAUUUGGUUUGUGGAAGUACAUACAACAUUUAUUUGAUUGCUCAAAACAAAAUAGGAUCAAGCCCGCCAAGUACAACGCUUCAUGUCAAAACGCAAGGUCAAGCGCCUGGAAUUCCACUUCCUGUGCAAUUAAUCACGCCAAAUUCAACAUCAGUUGUGCUGCAUUUACAAGCUUGGCCACACAACGGAUGUAAUAUUCAGUACUUCACGGUACAGUAUAGACCUUUGUCAACAGACAGCGACCGAGACAGAUGGACAUUAGUUUCGAAUGCAUUGAAACCGCAUCGACGAUUCAUAAUAUCGAAUUUACAGCCAUCGACAUUGUAUCAGUUAAAAGUUGAAGCACACAACAGUGCAGGGUCAACAACUGCUGAUUUCAGUUUUGUGACAUUGACAAUUAAUGGAGACACACCAUCUAUAGACUUGGAUUAUAAGAAUUCAAAAACUCGAAUAUUUUAUUAUGACGUGAGGUUCAUUACGUUGGGAAUAAUUUUAAUAACAAUUUUAAUCUGCACUAUUGCUAUUAUGAUAAUAUGCCUUAAAUGUCGACAAAGAAGAAUCCAGAAGAAACAAACGAUAGAAACGACAACUAAAAGUUCAGAAAUUAAGCGAGACCGGUUUUAUGGAACCAUCCACAAGACACCUUUACAAAUAAGCGAUAAAAUCCCAGAGUCAUCAGAAGACAUUAGUCCAUAUGCAACAUUCCAGUUAGCAGAAUCAAACGCAAUGAUUCAGUCACAUCCGGGAGCUGCAAAUACUUUAUUGCAUUCAUUUAUGUAUCAUGAAAGGGCUAUGACUGAAGGCUGUGCUUCUCCCAAUCCUGCUCCAAUGCUCAGAAAAUUGCAGUCUCCAUAUUACAACAUUAAUCCACAAAAUAAGCAGCGAUUCUCAAAAAAGAAUCAUGAAAGUGAGGAGUCGGAUUCUGAUGAUUUAGACCAAUUAACAUCAAGCAGGACGGAUACAUCAAAUCAAAUGGAAGCUAAAGCAAAACAUGAAGUAAUUCCACCAAAUGCCAUUUAUCAUGGACAAUCGUCAACAUCAUCUGACUUAUCUCCGCCUAUGUCAGAUCAGCAUCAAAAGUCCUUAUCUCGAUGCAUUAAGUCAAGAUAUCACCAGCAUUUUCACAACUUAAAUCUUAAUACGACACCGAGACAUAAAAGCGAUUCGACAAACAGCUCAUUAACAACAUCGCGGACUAUAAAUCUUCAAGAUGAGCCAAGCGAUAGAAUUUUAUCGUCGCAAUUUCGACCAAUUCACACAACAUCGUCGAGAACUAUUAAUUUAUCAAAGGCCAAUUUAAAUUAAAUAGCAAACAGAAAUCAAUUACAGAACCAAUACAAAAAAAUGGAAAUGCUGCAAAGAGUCAGAAUUUUUUUCGGAUGUUUUAAAACACAAAGGAAUUUUAAAAAAAACUUUUCCAUUACAAUUGCCAAUUAUAUAUAGCAUAUAGUAAUAUGAACAGAACGGAAGGAAUGAAAAAAAGUAUUCAUACACUCAAAAAAAUAGAACAGACGAAUUUAUUAAUUUACAGAACUAUAAAUGGUAGAUUUUUGUUAAAAGGUAAAUUUUUAAAAAAUAUAAAACCUAUAAAAAUGAAAUAAUAAGUGUGAAACAUUCCAUUAAGAAUGGAAUCGACAUAAAAUGUUUUAAAAAAAAAUGACAUAAUUACGUAUCAACAAAUGACACAAAAGAUACAUACUAUUAAUGAAUGAAUGAGCACAGUAAGUAAUAAUGAAUAGAUAGGUGACCAUUAGUGUAUAACUUUAAUCAAAAUUCUUCAGUGCUUGUAACUAAUUGUCUAAGCCUUGUUUAAUAAGUCAAAAAGGUACCACAAUAAAAAAAUGUUAAUGCUACCUGCAUAAAAAUGAUGUGGUUCAUAAUUUUAAGAGAUAUAGUCAAAGCAAUUUUUUUAAAAAAAUAUAAAGUUUGUUUUUUACAAAAAAAAUAUUGAAAUUGCUUAACAAAAAAUUUUCGAAACCUUUUUCUAUUCAAAUUUUAAAGCUUUCUAAUUUUUUAAUAAAAAAAGACAA